AUUCCUCGGUUAUGCUUGUGAUGGUCUGACAUUGUAGAGAUGUUCUUUUGAUGCUUGUGAUGGUCAGAUUUGUUACAUCUGAUAAAGUAGCAAUGAUUUGUUACAUAUUUGUGAUGGUCUGAUAGUUGUAGAGAUGUUCUUUUAAUGCUUGUGAUGGUCAGAUUUGUUACAUCGGGUAAAGUAGAAUGAUUUGUUACAUACUUGUGAUGGUCUGAUAUAUGUACAAUUAUGCAUUGUCCUUUCGAUGCUUGCUUGAAUGUGUAAUUUGUUGAUUCAUUUUUUUUUUGUAGAAAUGAUUGAUGCCUAAUUAUGUAAUUAUUGUGUAGUUCCAUAACAUGAGAUCAAGUAGACAUGAUUUCUUACAUAACUGAAGAGAACAAAAGGAGAAAGAGGAAAAGGAUAAUCUUGACAGAACUUUACUUUGAAUCGGUUCUUCUCGGAAUGGCAUACCUUAUUUCACAGAGAGCACCUCGUGGAAUAGGUAGUUUUAGUGAUGAUGAGCACAAACACACACUUAGGAAGUACUUGUUGAAAGAUAUGUAUGAUGGCUCAGAAGUGGCAUGCUAUGAUCAGCUACGUUUAACCAAAAGAAACUUUCAUGAUUUAUGCACCAUGUUGCGUGAGAGGUGUGGUCUAAGUGGUAGUGUGUAUGUGACUGUGGAAGAAAAGGUUGCCAUGUUCUUGCUAGUAGUGGGCCACGGUCUGAAAAUGAGGUUGCUUCGAGGCACAUACAAGCAGUCUUUGGGAACUAUAAGUACUCACUUUUCCGCAGUCUUAAGUGCCAUUCUAUCUAUGCAUGGGGAGUUCAUUAAGCUUCCAGAUGCUAAUGUUCAACCUCCCGAUGAUUACAAAUGGAAGUGGUUUGGUGAUGCACUUGGAGCACUAGAUGGUUGUCAUGUAGACGUUUCAGUUCCCGUGGCUGCCCAAGGGAGGUACAGGAAUAGAAAGCAAGCUGUCACUACUAACAUGCUCGGUGUGGUGGACUGGAACAUGAAAUUUCUGUAUGUCUUACCUGGCAGGGAGGGUUCCGCUUCCGACUCAAGAUUCCUCUGUGACUCCAUGAGAACUGAUCGCCAAGAUGCAUUUGUUGUACCUCAUGGAAAAUAUUACUUGGCUGAUGCUGGUUACACGAAUGGGCCUGGAUUUCUAGCUCCAUUCAGAUCCACUCAGUAUCACUUGAAAGAGUGGGCAUCAAGUCAGCAACAACCCCAAACUGCCAAAGAGUUAUAUAACUUGCGCCAUUCUCGUGCUAGAAAUGUAGUAGAGAGAACUUUUGGGUUGUGGAAGAAGAAGUGGGGUAUCCUUCGCACUCAAAGUUUCUUUGAUACAAAGGACCAGAUUCGAAUCAUUAAUGCUUGUUGUGUGUUACACAACUUUGCGAGGGAUAGGCAACAUAUGAUGGACAACUUAUUGCUACAAGAAUUGGAUAAUGAACUAGCUUCUCAGCCAAUUGAGGCUGAUGAUGCUAACUCAAUUAGAAGUGUCCAAGUCACUAAUGCAUGGACCAACUUCAGGAACCAACUAUCUGAUGACAUGUUUGCUGAAUAUGUUGUGGCGCAUGCAAAUUUACAGCAGUAGUGGGGCAUGUGGAUUAGCAAGAUGAUGUAUUUUGCUUUUGGUCUAGCUAGAUGUUGGGUUAGCAAGAUGAUGUAUGUUGCUUUUGGUCUAGCUAGAUGUUGGGUAUUAUGUUCUCUUUUGUGCAUAGCUAGUGGAUGGAGACUUUUGGAUAUUUUGUACAUCAUCAGCACGAGAAAGCAAUUAAUAUAUGUUCUCUUUUGUUUGUCAAUUGUUAUUCAAAUUUUU